AUGGCCGCGCCGACCCUGCUGGCGCUCGCCCUCGCCGUCCUCCUCCCCCCGGCGGCGGCGGCGGCGGUGGGGCCGCCGCCGGGGCGCGCCCCGCCGGGCGCCAGCCCGCUCGUGACCACGUGCAACGAGGGCCCCUUCCCGGCGCACUGCGUCAAGGAGCUGGGCCCGCGCCUCCUCGACAUCCAGACCGCGCUGGCGUCGGUCUCGCCGCGGGGCGCGCUCAUCGCCGGCGCGCCGGGGACGGUGGACUUCUCCGCGCUCGUCGCCGUGGCCAUGGAGGCGGCCACGGAGGCCGGCGCGGUGGCGACCACCAUCUUCGAGGGCAAGGUCCCCGGGUUCAACACCUCCGUGCCGGACUUCAAGGUCUGCCUCAGCAACUGCAGCGUCACCAUGAAAUCCGCCAUGAAGAAGAUCCACGGCGCCACGGCCGCCUUGAAGGUCCACGCCCACCUGGUCGCCAAGGUGCUCGCCGACCGGGCCAUCGCCGACGUGUCGGCCUGCACGAUCAGCUGCAGGAACCUCACCGGCGACGUCAGGCUCAUCCUCGAGGCCAGCCUCGUGGAGUUCCAGAAGAUGAUCAGGAUCGCCGUCAACUUCCUCACCAAGAUCGCGGCCAAGACUCCGCCCGGCCCUCUCCCUCCCCUCGCUCCCCCGUUGCGCCGCCCCUAG